AUGCAGACGUUCAAAGGUGGCCCGCCGGCUUCGGCAACCGAAUCGAGACGCCGUGUCAACACCGUCAAGUCGGUCGUGCUUGCCAGUUGCUUGAUCCCUUCACUUUACUGUCUGGCGACGCUCUCACCCUGGGCCGGCAUCCUUCAUCAGCCGCUGCGGUUCCUUUUCCACGAUUAUGAGCACCACGGAGCUUGGCCUUGGUCGGCCGCAAUCGCGGGAGGCGCUUCGUGCCCAGUGCAAACCGAACCCCGCAACGUUGGCCACGACUGGCAACCGGCAAAGGACGAGCACUACUCUCGACUAGCUAUCGAGCGACUCAUCGGGGCUGUGCAGAUUGUUCGUCUUUUCGGUCCCUUUGCUGAUCGGACCCGUCGGCUGACCGUUGCACUAGUUACGCUCCCGGCCAUCGACCUGUUCGCUUCACAGCCAACGCAGAGUUACGAUGACAUGCGCAGCGACCCGUUCAAGGAACCACGCUUCGACAUCUUUGCCAAGCAGCACGAGUACAUUGAAAAAACCUUUCCUCGAGUGUAUGUGUGCCCGGCGGCUCAGGCAAGUUGACAUCUGGUGGUGUGAGCCGACCUGACAGCGCCUGUUUUGAUCACAGUUGGUCCCAUUUGGAAAUUGAGAAAGUGGCAAGGUUUGGUCUCAUUAUGACUUACCAAGGCACGAACUCGAAGCUUAAACCCAUCGUAAGUGUGAUUCCUCUGGCUCCUGCUCGACGGGCUGAUUGUGUGGGUGCUCCGACAACUUGCCGCAGGUGUUUAUGGCCCACCAAGACGUGGUGCCCGUCAAUCCUUCAACAGAAUCGCAAUGGACCUAUGGGCCCUUUUCGGGACACGUCGACUCCGAUGGUUGGAUCUGGGGCCGAGGCACAACAGACUGCAAGAACACUUUGAUUGGGAUUCUCUCCGCGAUCGAGCAGCUGCUCUCCGAACAGUACACACCGGAAAGAGCGAUCGUGCUUUCUUUUGGCUUUGACGAAGAGAUCAGCGGGGUGCGGUCUGCUCGACCCAUUGCCCAGCGAUUGGAGCAGAUUUAUGGCAAGAACGGUGUUGCCCUCAUCCUCGACGAGGGCUUCACGGGCCUGGAUCAGUCGUACGGCGUCCAGUUCGCUCGUUUAGGGCUGGCCGAAAAGGGGGCGAUCAACUUGGACCUCGAGGUCCUCACCCCGGGUGGGCAUUCCUCGGUCCCGCACGGUCGACACACGGGCAUUGGGAUAAUGUCGCGAUUACUGGUUGCGCUUGAGGACCAUCCAGAUCCGCCGAGCAUGGACAAAGGGCAUCCGAUGCUCAGCUAUCUGCAAUGCGCUGCCGACCAUGGAAACAUGAGCAGCACUCUCAAAAAGCGUGUUCGCGAUCCAACGAAGUGGAACGCUUUAAGCGAGGACCUCUCUCAGUCGAGCGAGGUUCUCCGGGCUUUCCUCUCGACGACCCAAGCCAUCGAUUUGGUCGAUGGUGGCGUCAAGGUGAGUAACUCUGCGCAAAAGGAGCCAAGUAUACCGGGUGAGGGUGAGCGGAGAACUUAUGGUCAUCGCGUUAUGCCCAGGUCAACGCGCUUCCUGAGUACACCCAUGCUACUAUCAACUAUCGAAUCAAGUUCGAUUCGUCUGUUGCGGCGCACAAAGCUCGCAUCUCUUCGAUCCUAGAACCGGUGGUCAGGUCGGCAAACUUGACCUUUGACGCCUACGGGUCAAACAAUGGCACGACUCAGCAGGUUGUUCGAUUGAUCCAUCGCGAGGGAAGCGAGAUCGAACCUGCUCCUUUGACGCCGAGUUCGGGACCGGCGUACGAGCUUAUGAGUGGAACAAUCAGACACGUCUUCGACAGGCCAAUCGUCGCUCCGUCUGGCAUGGUCGGUGAGUCUGCGUUGACGAGCAAAAAUCUUGGCGCUGCGGCACACCCCACGAGGGUGCAGUGCACUAGUAUGGUCCGUGCUAGCAAAAUCAUCGCGAACGACUACUGAUAUAUUUUUCGACAGCCAAUACCGACACGAAGUGGACGUGGAACUUGACCCACAACAUCUACCGCUUUCUGCCCGCCCAGAUGGACAAACUCAAGAAUUUCCAUACCGUGGACGAACGGAUGCACGUUUCGGCUCACCUAGACGUGAUCAGAUUCUAUUACAAGCUGAUUUUGAACAGUGAAGGGUGGAGAGCCGAGUAG